UACCGGUUUUAUAACAGUGAGUGUGGUACUACCUAUAGCUACCAACGUAACUUUUGCAGGAGAAAAUAUUCACCAAUUCUUAAUUUUUUUGUGUAAGUGUGUUUCGGCGAACAACAACCCCUGAAAUUCAUCUGAUUUCAACAUGGUGAGUGAUGAUAAAAAAGGACCUGAAGAAGGAUCUGAUGGAAAGGCGAACUAUAACCUUCUUCAAGGAAAAUUAUUAACAAGUCCGGCACCUGGAGAAGAAAUCGUGAUAUCAGGAGCUGCUGGUGCGUUUCCUGCCUCUCGAACAAUCGAAGAAUUCAAAAAUAAUCUAAUGAAUAAAGUUACUAUGGUAACUCCAAAUAGAAGAUGGGGAAACAUUCAUGCUGAAAUACCACUCUGUUCUGGAACUUUACCGGUAAUCGAAACUUUUGAUGCGGGUUUCUUUGGAAUUCAUGAAAGACUAGGGCAAUGGCAGGACACAAUGAGUAGAUUGAUUUUGGAAAAAACAAUGGAGGCUAUUUUCGACGCUGGACUUCAUCCCAGUGAGUUGGAGAAUACUAAAACCGGAGUAUUUAUUGGAACAUGUUUCAGUGAAAGUGAAAAAACAAUAUUUUUUGAUCAACAGUUACCACAGAGAUAUGGCUUUCUUGGAGUUUCCAGAAAUAUGUUGGCUCAUAGGAUUAGUUAUCACCUCAAACUGAAAGGGCCCUCGUUCGUAACAGAUACAGCCUGCAGUAGUUCUUUGUAUGCUCUCGAACAUGCAUUCCGGUCACUGAGGCUGGGCGAGGUUGAUACUGCAAUCGUGGGAGGAAUUAAUUUGUGUUUGCAUCCUCUUGUUUCUCUGCAAUUUGCUAGGUUGGGAGUAUUGAGUAUUGACGGAAGUUGUAAAGUUUUUGAUGAAGCUGCUAAUGGCUAUGCCAGAUCCGAAACUGCUGGUAUUCUGAUUUUACAAAAAGCCAAAGUCGCCAAAAGAAAGUAUGCAGAAAUCAUUCACGUGAAGACGAAUUGUGAUGGAUUCAAAGAGAAUGGGAUAACCUUUCCUUCAAAAAUUGCACAGCAGACGUUAUUAGAAGAAUUCUAUGAAGAAUGUGGUGUUGACCGUUACAGUUUGAGUUACCUUGAAGCUCAUGGAACAGGUACUAGUGUUGGAGAUCCUGAGGAAACUGGUGCUAUUGACGAUGUUCUUACUAAAGGAAGAAAAACCCACCUCUUGAUAGGAUCAGUUAAAUCGAAUAUAGGACAUUCUGAGCCGUCAUCGGGAAUCGCUUCCGUUGUGAAGUGUUUAAUUGGGCUAGAAACCGGAAUCAUUCCCCCCAAUUCCCAUUUCAAAAAACCGAAUAAAAACAUUCCAGGUCUAGUGGAAGGAAGAUUGAAAGUUGUUUCAGAACCGAUGCCUUUUGAGGAUGACAGGGGUCUAAUUGGAAUCAAUAGUUUUGGUUUUGGUGGCGGAAACUGUCACACACUGCUGAGGAAAAACAAAAAGGAAAAACUCAAUUCAGGAUUGCCCUCAGAUGAUAUACCAAGAUUGAUCUGUCUUAGUGGUAGAACUGAAGAGUCAAUAAUUUCUUUGCUGGACGAAGUGAAAAAUAACGUGCUUGACGCAGAAUAUAUCCGACUGUUGCACAAUAUCUUCCGGUUUGCCAUACCGAAUCAACUGUUUCGAGGUUUUGCAAUCGUUUCGAAAUCAGGAGAAAUAUGCAGAUUCUUGGACAGCUUCCGAAAUGAUAUCAGGCCCCUCUAUUUGGGUUUUGGAGAACUAAAUAACUGGUCCCAUAUUGGAAAUAAUCUGUUGGCUCUGCCUGAAUUCUCCAACUCAAUUCAAAGAAUUCAAGAGAAACUUUCAGUUCUGGGUAUUGAUAUCAUUGACACUUUCCAGAAAGAUUCGAUUGACAGAGAAACGCACCACAUCUUGGGAAGUGUUGCCGUUCAAAUUGGUUUGAUCGACUUAUUCAAAGUACUCAAAAUUAAUCCGAAAGAUUAUUUUGGAUAUUCAUUCGGAGAGCUUGUUUGUGCAUAUGCCAAUGGAAUUUGCAAUUUAGAAGAAACUAUGAACUGUGCUUUUAUUAUAAACGAGUCUAUCAAUAAGCUGGCAGAUUUUUAUGAAAUAGGAAACGACAGAAAAGAUAUAAAUAGUUGUGAUGUGUCUUUACUAGAUAAAAUCAGAGAAAAGCUCAAAGUUGAAGAAUCGGCAACAACAAGAAAACAAGUUCUUCAAAAUUUAACAAAUUUCAUGAGAUCUAGCUCCAUCAAUAAUAAACUCACCAAACAAACUCUUGCAAAUAUGGACUACUUCGUAGAUUGCCUAGCCAAGGAUGCUCUUCAAAAUUUUGGGAAAAUCGAAUCGAUGUCGAUUUUCCUUACUGUAGGAAAAUUUCCUGCAGAAGAAAAUAUUGUCGACGUGAAAGUUACUCAACUUUUCUCUUUCCAAUGUGAUAAUCAUCUUGACGAAUUUUUGAAAGUUUUGGGACACUUAUACAUCGGGGGCCAUGACCAACAUUUAUCAUGUUUGUAUCCAGAAAUUGAACUCCCCGUGAGCAGAGGAACUAAAAUGAUUUCACCAUACGUCAAAUGGAAACAUGAUAGUAGACAAUGGUUUACCCCACUGUAUGAUCUUGUGGCCAAAAAUGUUGCCCAACAAGGAGCCAGAACUGUUGGUAUCCAACUCUCAGAUCUAGAGUGGUCAUUCGUGGAUGGUCAUGUUAUCGAUGGAAGGAAUCUGUUCCCAGCCACAGGAUAUUUGUACCUAGUUUGGGAAACUCUAUGCAUUAUCGAAGACCGUCCAUUGAAUAUACUUCACGUGGUGUUCGAAAAUUGCAAAUUUAUGCGAGCCACGACAGUACCCAACAAAGGGAUUCUCAAGCUGAAGGUUGUCCUUAGCACUGUUUCAGGCAAUUUUGAAAUACUUGAAGGUGACUCCACAGUAAUGUCUGGUAGAAUGUAUGAAACUUAUGAAGGUGUGGAUGAGCCCAUUUGUGGCACUCGGUCAGAUGGUUCCAAUCUAACAAUGAAGACUAAGGACAUUUACAAGGAACUAACCUUGAGGGGCUAUAAUUAUAAGGGUGAAUUUCGCAGUAUUGUUGAGUGCAAUGCUUCUGCAACUGAAGGCCGAAUCAGAUGGCAUGAUAACUGGGUAGCGUUCUUAGAUAAUAUGCUGCAAAUGAAGAUUUUGGGAACAGAUUCCAGAUUACUUUAUGUACCGACAUUUAUCGAACGUGUUGUGAUACCAGGUAAACAACUUACGAAGUGGAUAAUUGAUGAAUUCAACGAAAAAGGGUUAGACCCAAUUUUACCAGUUUAUAACAAUAAGGAAAGUGGGGAAAUCAGAUGUGGGCAAACUGUUAUAAGAGGUUUGAUAGCCAGCUCUAUAGCCCGAAGGAAAGAUUUGGGUGUACCUGUAUUGGAAAAAUAUAUAUUCGUGCCAAAUAUAACCACUUUGGAAUUGCAAGAAUCCAUCAGAGUUAAUAUGCAAAUUUUUCUUGAAAAUUCCAUGGUGUAUAAAGUCAAAGUUAUCGAACUGAUAGAUGAAUUCACAAAAGAGAUAAAUACUCCUUUGACACCUAUCAUUCAAACUGUUUUUGGUGAUCAACCUCUCAUUCAAACUUUACCUAAAAUUUUAAGUGGUGAGGCACUUGAUGUGGCCAUUCCAGUAGAGAAUAAAAAAUUGUCGGAAGAAAAGGAUUGUUUGCUCAUAGUUGUUUCUCGAUUAUUCGAAAGACCAGAGAUUUUACAAACAGCAUUUUCAUCUCUGAAAGAAAAUGGUUUUAUAAUAUCACGUGAAUCAUCCGACUUUAAUAUAUCAGAUACGAAAAAACUCGAUGUUAGUGUUUGUACCGUCCACAAAGUAGGAUUAGAAACUCACGUUCUUCUCAAGAGGAAUCAUAAGCCAAGGAAUUCAGUUACACUUGAAGUUAAUUCUUCCAACGACUUCUCUUGGAUUGAAAAAACACAAGAAUUGAUCAAAAAUAAAUCUUCCGACAGUGUGAUUCUCUACUCAGAUAAUCGAGAUAAAAGCGGUGUUUUAGGACUUGUUAACUGUCUUCGAAGAGAACCAGAAAGCUCGCAUGUCAAGGGUCUGUUUGUGAUGGAUGAAGACCGAGACAUUAAUUUUGAAGAUCCACUUUUUAGCGAGCAGUUGAAGAAGAACAUGGCGAUCAAUGUUUUCAAAGAUGGAGUAUGGGGAACCUACAGGCAUUUGUUAGCUGAAGAUACUGACCAAGUACAGAAUGAGCAUUGUUUUGUAAAUCCGAGAAUGAGAGGAGAUUUAUCCAGCCUUUCAUGGUUUGAAGGACCUCUUCGACAUGAUAUGUGUAUACCACCUGAAAGGAAACUUGUAUCGGUAUAUUAUGCAUCUCUAAACUUUCGGGAUGUUAUGACUGCUUCAGGAAAAAUCAAUGCCGAUAUCGUUACAUCGGACAGGAUUGAGCAAGAAUGUGUUCAAGGAUUUGAAUAUUCAGGCCUAGAUUCAGAGGGAAAUAAAAUUAUGGGAAUGGUAACUCACGGAGCCCUCUCUUCAUAUGUUCUGAUUGACAACUAUAUUGCUUUCUCGGUACCCGAUAAAUUUUCACUGGAGGAGGCAGCUACCAUCCCUGUGGUCUACGGCACAGUUAUUUAUGGUUUGAUAUUACGUGCCCAACUGAAACGAGGGGAGUCAAUAUUGAUUCAUUCUGGAACGGGUGGUGUAGGACAAGCUGCAAUCAGGAUAGCACUACAUUAUGGCUGCAGGAUCUACACAACAGUUGGUACUGAAGAAAAGCGAGAGUUUCUCAAACAAACAUUCCCCAGUCUGAAGGACCACCACAUCGGCAAUUCACGUGAUACUUCAUUCGAAAAAUUGGUUAUGAGAGGCACCAAAGGUCGUGGGGUAGAUUUGGUGCUCAACUCUUUGGCAGAAGAGAAACUUCAGGCGUCUAUCAGAUGUUUGGCGAAGGGAGGAAGGUUUGUUGAGAUCGGAAAAUUCGAUAUGGGUAAAAAUGCCGAUUGCAAUCUAUUGCUAUUAGAGAGGGAAGGCAGUUUUCACGGAGUCAUGGUGGAUCAACUCAUGCCCUUAGUGCCAUGUGAAAAGGCGAGGGUAGCAGCAAUACUUGAGAAAGGAAUGGAAGACGGAUUUGUACAACCAUUGAAUCGAACAGUUUUCGAAUAUGAUCAGGUCGAGGACGCAUUCAGAUAUAUGUCAACAGGAAAACACAUGGGAAAAGUUCUCAUAAAAAUGAGAGAGCCCGAGAAACAACAUAAAGCAGUUCCAGCAGUUUUGAAGUUCCCCUGUAGGGCAAGAUACUCCUGUACUGAUACCGACACGUACAUUAUAUGUGGCGGAUUGGGUGGCUUUGGACUGGAGUUAGCAGAUUGGCUGGUAAUCAGAGGAGCCAGAAUAUUAGUACUAACUUCAAGAAAAGGAAUAUCAACCGGAUAUCAGCAGUAUAGGAUAAACAUCUGGAGAUCAUAUGGAGUUACUGUUCAUAUCUGCAAGGCAAAUAUAACUACAAGGGAAGGAUGCAGGUCUUUGAUAGAAGAGGCACGACAACUGGGAGACGUGAAAGCAAUUUUCAAUCUUGCAGUUGUACUUGCAGAUGCCAUUUUCGAAAAUCAAACCCAAGAGAGCUUUGCCACGUCAUUUGGCCCAAAAGCUGUUGCAACGAAAUAUCUGGAUGAAAUAUCCAGAGAAUUAUGCCCAAAUCUCAGGUGAGUGAAUUUAUGUAUUCAU